GUACCCUACAAAAAUACUAACAAAUCUGACUGCCUCAUAAAUCAAUUCCAGUUCAACCCAAAAGAGCUUCUGAGAACAUUCAAAUCUGUUAAAACUAUUGUUGUGUUUUGGGGGUGGUUGAUCGGUAACAUCAUGGUGCUGUGGUCAACUUGCAGAACAUCGGUACUUAAAUCUGUAACAAACCGAUUCAUUAAGAAUUUGGCCUGCUCGGGGAUCUGUGCCAGCCUAGUCUGUGUGCCUUUUGACAUUGCUCUUAGUGCCAGUCCACACUGCUGCUGGUGGAUCUAUACGAUGCUCUUCUGCAGAAUUGCAAAGUUUCUGCACAAAGUCUUCUGCUCAGUGACCAUCCUUAGUUUUCCAGCCAUUGCUCUUGACAGAUACUACUCUGUUUUAUACCCCCUGGAAAGAAAAAUAUCUGAUGCAAAAUCCCGAGACCUGGUUAUCUAUAUCUGGGCGCAUGCCAUAGUGGCCAGCAUUCCAGUAUUUGCUGUGACCAAUGUGUCUGAUAUUUAUGCCAUGUCCACCUGUUCUGAAUCUUGGAGUUACUCCCUUGGCCACCUGAUAUAUGUCAUCAUCUAUAACAUCACCACUGUGAUUGUACCAGUGGCUGUGGUGUUUCUCUUCAUGAUUCUUAUUCGCAGGGCACUGAGUGCCAGCCAGAAGAAAAAAGUCAUCAUAGCUGCCUUAAGGACCCCUCAGAAUACAAUUUCUAUCCCUUAUGCCUCCCAGCGAGAAGCUGAGCUUCAUGCCAUGCUGCUUUCCAUGGUUAUGAUAUUUAUUUUCUGCAGUGUCCCCUACGUAACUUUGGUGGUUUACCGUACCAUACUCAAUAUUUCAGAUAUUUCAGUCUUCUUGCUCCUCACUGCCAUUUGGUUGCCCAAGGUUUCUUUGCUGGCCAAUCCUUUGUUAUUUUUAACUAUUAACAAAUCAGUACGGAAAUGCUUAGUGGGGACACUAAUACGGCUGCACCGAAGGUAUAGCAGGAGAAACAUUGUCAGCCUGGGUGGUGUUGCAGAUGCUAAUCUGGAGCCCAGUGUCCGUUCGGGGAGCCAGCUUCUGGAGAUGUUUCAUAUUGGGCAACAACAAAUCUUCAAGUCAACGGAAGAUGAGGAGAAUGAGACUAAAUCUGUUGGCUCUGGUGACUUUCAACAGAAAGAAAUUCCUGCCACCAGUUUAGAGGUAGGAGAGACUUUGGUUCAUAAAUUUAUACCACAGAUGACUGCAGGCUCCGCAGCGCAGGUGGCGCCAGCUGUGCCCACAGAAGCUGAUGUGGUAAAUGAUAAAUAUUCCAUGCAGUUUGGUUUUGGACCCUUUGAACUGCCUCCACAGUGGCUGUCAGAAAACCGAAAUAGUAAGAAGCGACUCCUGCCUCCUUUGGGGAAUACCCCUGAAGAGCUGAUCCAGACAAAACAGCCUAAGUGUAAAGCAGAAAGAAAAAUCAGCAGAAACAAUAAAGUCAGUAUCUUUCCCAAGGUGGAUUCUUAG